AUGGACCCAGGACCGCCAGCACACCCACGCGAGUUUGCUGCAGCCUUCCUGGGACAUUCGCAGGACAGUCAUGGCGAUCUGGAGUGCAACUUCCGCGUCACGCACCUCCCAAGUGGAGUCUUCUGGCUCGUCCGGCGGCCGCUGUCAGAUUGGCAGCACCUCGAAGAGCGGCUCCUGCGCGAAGCAGGUAAAAUCCAGCGGCCCGCGAGCGCUCGCGGGUGCACGGGCAGCAGCCGCCGCUCUUCAGGCCACGCACAGCUGGGAGGUUUUUUCUUUCGACGAUCCUCGGACGUCUCGCGCAAGCAGCUGGAGAAGCUUCAGGCCCAGCUUGCCGAGAUGCUAUCGGAUAGCGAGCUGCGAGACAGCACUGUGCUCCAGGACUUCUUGGGAGUUCCUGGCCAGGCACCCGAGAUGCCAAGCAGCGUCCGCAUCGUGAAACUUCGGAGACGCCAAGACGGCGACGCCGAGGUUCAGCUCGAGGUGCAGACGACCUCCGAAAGGGCCCUGGUUGAGAGCCGAACUGCCGCCACCCAUGUCGUGGCCACCGUUCUACUACUGAGACCUCGCGCGGGUGCAGAGGAGGAUCUGGAGGAGAUCGGGGACUUCAAGGUUCCGGCCUCCUCGCCAGAGCUGCUAACCAUCCACGGCCUGGUUGCCGACCGAGCCUACGAGUUUCAGGUUAAGGCCGUCAACGACGUGGGCAGCUCCCCGAGUGUCCGCAUCCGAGUCCUAGUGCCCACAGAUCUGCCUGGGCCAGAGGAGCCAUCCAGUGAGGGGCCACCCACUGCGCCAAGAGAGCCGUCCAAAGAGACCGCGGCGCAGGUCAGCAAUGCACAUGCAGCGGAGCCCUCCGCUGCUGUCCCGUUCACGACGGAAGCAGCUGCAUCACAGCCAUCGCCAGAGGCAGCCGCCGCUGCUGCCCCUGACCCGCAGCCAUCACCAGAGGUUGACACCUUGACUAAGGUGGCUGUUCCUGGCACGCAGCCACUGCCAGCGGCUGACGCGCUGGCUGAGGCCAUCUUGAAACCUGCGGUGGAGCCCACCGCUGCCGUCGAGGACGUGGCGGAAGCUGUUGCAUCCCACCUGCCGGCGCUAGAUGUUGACACCUUGACUGAGGCCACCUCUGCACAUGCAGUGGAGCGCACUGCUGCCGUGGAGGUCGCCGCCCCUGGCACGCAGCCAUCGCCAAAGGCUGAUGCGCCUGAUGUGCUGGCUGAGGUGCCCGCAGAGGUCAUCUUGAGACCUGCGGUGGAGCCCACAGCUUCCAUCGAGGACGUGGCGGAAGCUGUUGCAUCCCACCAGCCGGCGCCAGAGGUUGACACCUUGACUGAGGCCACCUCUGCACAUGCAGUGGAGGGCACUGCCGUCGAGGUCGCCGCCCCUGGCACGCAGCCAUCGCCCGAGGCUGAUGUGUUGGCCCAGGUGCCAACAGAGGUCUCCGACCAGCCAGCGCCAGAGGUUGACACCUUGACUGAGGCCACCUCUGCACACGCAGUGGAGCGCACUGCUGCCGUGGAGGUCGCCGGCCCUGGCAUGCAGCCAUCGCCAGAGGCUGAUACGCCUGAUGCGCUGGAUGAGGUGCCCACAGAGGUCAUCUUGAGACCUGCAGAGGAGCCCACCGCUGCCGUCGAGGACGUGGCGGAAGCUGUUGCAUCCGACCAGCCAGCGCCAGAGGCUGACACCUUGGUUGAGGCCACCUCUGCACUUGCAGUGGAGCGCGCUGCCGUCGAGGUCGCCGCCCCUGGCACGCAGCCAUCGCCAGAGGCUGAUGUGCUGGCUGAGGUGCCAACAGAGGUCUCCGACCAGCCAGCGCCAGAGGUUGACACCUUGACUGAGGUCCAGCCAUCGCAGUCUCCAGAUCCAGAUGCACGGCGGGAGAUCCAUGCUGAACCUCAGCCGCUGCGCAACGGCUCGUCUCAGUCUCAGAGUCAAAGCGCUGGACGACUCAAGCCACAGCAGGCGGCAGGUGACCCGUACCUGAGUCCGCAUGCGCGGGCGCUGGUCAACGAUCAGGAGGAUGCUGACUUCGUCAACACCGAAGAAGCUCGGUCGCCGCAACGAGAGAGUUCCGCCAGGAGCCUGCAGCCGCCCAGCGCUGGCUAUGCCCGCGUGGGAAGCCUGGAGGUCCGUUUGAGCCAGCUUCCCGACAAGAAAGCUCCUGGUGCUGCCGUGGAUCAGGCAAUUGCACACCUGGAGACCCACUACAAGAUCUCCGAACAAGCUGCCCUGCGCUUGUACCUGGGCUGCAACCUGGACAUGGAGGAAGCAAAGCGGCGUUUCGAUGGCAUCCUCGAGUGGCGCAAGCAGUACGGUCUGGACCAGUUGCGCCAGAGCCUUUCUGCGGCUUUGCCUGGGGAGGCCGCCGUCACAGCUCCCUUCCACAAGGAGGUCGCCAAGCUUGUGACCAUCAACCCCUGCGUGCUCACGAGCGUGGAGGGCUCUCCAGUCAGCAUCUACUACGUGGGCACCGCCCAUGCCUCGGCUGCUGCGAAGGCGGAGGAGGAGCAACUUCGCAGGUUCGGUGUCUUCAUGGCGGAGUACGUGGACAUCUGGCUUUCUGCUCAGACAUCGUCCACAGGCAGGCUGGCAGGGCACGUGCAGAUCUAUGACCUGCAGGGCUUGAGCCUUUGGCAAGUCUCCAGCGGGGCAUUGGUUGAGAAGCUCAAGAUUCUUCUGGGUGCAGGGCAGCACUACAUGGAGCAGGUCUCUCACAUCUUCGUCAUCCGCUCCUCGUCCGCCUUCUCCAUGGCCUGGAAUUUCAUCAAGGGUUGGAUCUCACCCCGGACGGCAUCCAAAAUCCACGUGUCGAGCAGCAUCCCAACGGAGCUUCAGAAACUGUUGGGCCCCAGUGCAGCUGCCCUGCCUGCGCUGCUGAAGAACCCACACUGGACAGCAGCCGUGCAGCGACCGCCCUUCCCGACUGAGGAGUAG